CUAUAAUUUUGAUUUCAAUUAUUAACGAUUCGAAUGAUAAUUGAUAUUUAUAAAUAUAUGAUAUAGAUACGCAUGAAUACGCAUAUUUUGUUUGUAUGGGUAUUCAACUGAUGACCUAUAAUUGUCUUUAGUAAUCAAUUAGCUUUCAAACGUGGAAGAAUCACUAAUUGUUUUGAGAUCAUGAGAUCUUUCAGUAUUUUACUUCUUAUCGGUUACAUCGAUUUUAUUUUUGCACACAUUUCCAUAACCAAUCAUUUAGAUGAAAAAUUAAGGCAAACAAAAAUUGAAAUAGCCAAACUUCAUAUUCGAGAAGAACCAACAGUUGAAAGAAAAGUAUACAAUGUAAAAUGGAAUCGAUUGUGGAAAGAAGAUCUCAAUAAAGAACUACCUUUCAUAAUAAAUGCAUUCAAUAAAAUAUUUUUGGUAGAAGCAAAUCGUUUUAUAACAUUUUCAUUUGAUGCUUCUAACAAUAUCUCAUCUCGAGAAAUAAUUCCAAUCUCUAAUAAUGGUUCCAUUAAAUUUAUCAGAAGUAUUAUCUGGAAAAAUGUACUUUAUUUGCUAAUUUGUUAUAUAACCGGUUUCUGUACUAUUUAUACACAAACAAAUAAUUUACAAUUAAGAUAUCGUCAUACCAUUCGAUACGAGGGAUGUCCUAUGGAUGCUAACUUCUUCGUUCGUGACAAUCGACUUUAUCUCGUAGUGGCCGAUAAUUUCGGUCAAUUUCCUGUGCGGUCUUCAAUAUAUCAUUGGAAAGAAACGUAUAUGGAUGAAAUAAAGAAUAUAAUAACUACUGCUGUAGUAUCAGUCACUACAUUUAAAUACAAACAAUCGACAAUUAUAAUAUUUGCACAAAAUAAUGAAAAUAUUCCCAAUAUUGGUUCCAUGGUAUAUGAAUUUACAGAAACCAGUUUAGAUAAAAUACAAUUCUUGAAAACCUCAAAUCCAAUUUCCGUUCAUCAUUAUAGACAUGCAGGAUUUAAUUUUAUUUUAUUAAUAAAUCAAUAUGAACCAAGUAAUUUACUUUGGUGGGAUGGAUAUGAACUGUUAAACUGGCAACAAAUCCCAGAAAUAGAAAUACCUGAUUUAAUUCAUAUCGUGAAUAUCAAUGAUAAUAAUUUUUUUUUUGUAGUCUAUAAUAAUAUUUUAAAAUUAUACAAAUUUGAAAAUACAUCAAAUUGCACUCUAAUAAGUACUAUGAAGUUACCUAGUGGAAUGUUUUUGAUUGACAUACGAACUCGAAUCGACAAAUCUGUGGUAAAUAUCAUGUUGAUUAUCAUGAAUUCAGAUCAAAUUUACAGUAUAGAAUCAUGGGAGCUAAAAAUUGAAGAAAUUUUUCCUGAACAUUCGAUUAAAAAAAGCGAUACUUUAUCGAAACAUUUAACCGAAUUAGUUGAAAUGUUGCAACAAAGGAAACCUUUCUUAGAAAAAACUACAGCCUUAUGGUCUCUUUUAUUCUCUGCACAUGAAGAUUUAACAAUACCAAAACUUUUAAUCUUACAAGAUUUAAUAUUAGAUUCAGGAACUGUGAAAAACAUUAAUAUCUUCAUAGAUGAAAAUAUUAUAAUACCUCGAGAACUAGAACAAUAUAUGGAAAAUUUAAUCCAUGAAAUUGAUAAUGUUUUAAUGUCUAAACUUUUAAUGUGGAAUAAUAUAAAUAGAGAUAUCAUUAUUGAUGGAGAUGCGUUUAUCGAAGAACUGCAGAUUGAUAAACUGAUUGUAGAUUUUUUUAAUGAUAUUGAUAUUUAUUCGAAUGAUAUUACAGAUUCAAGUAAAAUGCAAAAAUUUUCAAUUUCACUACAGAAAGAAGACAUGAUUAUAAAUGAUCUUAAAGUAGAAUCUAUUUGUGGAAUUCCAUUCCGAUAUUGGUCUCUAGCUAGUGAUGUAUUAAAAUUAGAAAUAAAUUUAACAUCAGAUAAAAUUGAAUUUUCAAAUGAUACUAUAUAUUUAAAUUCGAAUAUAUCGUUAAUGAAUUUAAAUAUAAAAAUGUUAAAUGGCACGAAUAUCAACGAACUUUUUGAUAAAUUAUUUAUCAUUAAUCACAAUCAGAAAAUUAAAGGAAAUAUUAUUUAUAAUAAUAUGUUAAAAAUCCAAAAUCUUACAAUACAAAUGUUGAAUGAAAAGUCAUGGAAUAAAUAUAUGAAUACAAUAACUAAUCAAACUUUUAAUAAUUUUAUAGCAAAAAAAUUUAGAGUAGAAAAUUUGUUCGCGGAUUCGAUAAAUGAUACUCCAGUUUCAAAAGCAGCGCGAAUAUCUAUUGAAAACAUAAUCAAAGGAGAUGCAAAAAUUGCGAAAUUACAUGUAACAAAGAAAUUUAUAGUUGAUUCAAAAUUCAAAAUAUCAGAUAUUCCAUAUCAAAUAUAUUCUAAUGUUUCCAUUCAAGGUAACGUGAAGAUAAAAACUCUAGAAUUGGACAAUUAUAUGCAAAUCUUUUUAAAUAAUGAAAAAAUAAAUCUUAAUAAUAUUCUCAAUGUUUUUUGGACAAAAUCAAGCAAUCAAAUAAUUAAAAAUGAUAUCAUUUUUGAAAAUAAUUUAACUAUAGAUUACUUUAACACAAAGUACUUGAAUGGAUUUUCUGAAGAAGAAUUUUUGUAUACUACUGUAUCAAUCAUUCCAAAAAGUUUUGAAAAAUUACAUUUUGAAAAUAUUUACGUAGAUGAUAUGUUUUUCGUUGAAGAAAAAAAUGAUAGUUUCUUCGAAAUUACUCCAGAAUCUAUAAUAAUUCGAGAAAAAUUAUGUGUAAGACAUAUACACGGAAACAAAUUAUUCAUUGAUAUUUUCAAUGAUGUUCCUAUUGACAAUAUUUUAAACCAAAAACAGCCUCAUAUUUUUCUACAAAACAUGACUUUUUCUAAGAUUAAAACUAAACAAAUAUUUGUAAAUAAACUUAAUUUUCUCUUUUUUAGUGACACAAAUAAUACUUUUUUUUUACAAAAUAACAAAUAUCAGAAAAUUAAAUUUAUGAAAGUUCCGAAAUUUUGUUUAGAAAAUCUCAAUAUUGAAAAAAUUAAUAAUCUUGAAGUAAAAAAACUUGGAUCAUUAAAAAAUAUGAAGUUAUCUGAUUUAAAAGAUUUAGUAAUACAUGGUGAUUUAAAUGUUAAAAAUUUAAAUAUUAUUUAUUUAAACGAUAUUGCUAAAAAAAAUAUCGUAUUCAAUAUUAUUAAUAAAAUUGAGUUUCAAAAAUUAACCGUAGAGAAUAUUACAUUAAAAUCCCUACAUGAUCUUGAUAUGAAUAACUUUUUUAAAGAUUUUCUUUCGAAAUCAACAGAACAAAAUAUACCUAUAAAAUUCAUUUUUUAUAAAGUUAAUGUUAAUAAUAUCAAAACUAAGAUUAUUAAUUAUCAAGAUAUCUCUAAUUUGAUAUGGAUUGAUAAACCUUUAUUGGUAGAGAACAUCAAAUUUGAUAAUUUAAUUGUGGAAGGAGAUAUUGUAACAAAAAAAUUAAACAAUUUUGUUUUUGAUGAGUUAUAUUCAAGUUUGAUCAAUGUGUCAAUAUCAAAAAUCACUAAUUUAAAAAUAGACGGAAAUAUUUUUUGGGAUACUUUCUCAAUAAACUCCACUUCUUUGACAUUCUUAUUCAAAAAUGCAGUAACCAAAACAAAGAAUCAAACUAUUCAAAACAAUAUAAUUUUUCAAAAAAAUAUAUCAGCAUCAACAGUUAAAACACAAUCUAAAGAAAUAGACAAAAUAUAUAAUAUUAUUUUAGAUGCUGUGAUAGAUGAUGAGAAAAAUAUUGAAGUAAUUGGUCAAAAAAUUUUUAAAGAGAAUCUAUAUAUUGAUACUAUAUCAGUAAUUAAUGAUAUUAAUAUUUCUAUGAUUAACAAUGUUAAUAUUCUCGAAUUUAAUAAUUCCGUAGUAAGAAAAGAUCGAGAAGCAAUAAUAACUGGAAUUAUAACUUUUUUCGAUGAUGUCAUAAUUGAUCAAAUUCUUGUCAAUAAUAAUGUUCAUAAUAUUCUCUUGAAAGAUGUUGUUCUGGCGACUGAUAUAUUACCAACUCACAUAUUUUUUAAAAAUCUUAUUAUAUUAAAAAAUGUACAUUUGAAGAAUUUUGAUAAAGUAGAUUUUGAUGAAUUCUUAAAAAAUCGUGUAGCCAUUGACAAAGAAAAUGAAAUAUUUUUUGAUGUACAUUUUAAUGAUAUUAUAGAAAUAACAGAGAAUGCAAAUGCAUCAAUGCUCAAUAAUAUUUAUAUUUCCGAUUUGGCUCUAAAUGAAAGUAAGGAAAUACAAAUAAUAUCUGAUUCAAAGAUCUUUGAAGAAAAUUUCAUAGUAAAUGGCAAUAUUUACACAUCGUUUAUUAAUGGGAUAAACAUAUCAUUAGAAUAUUAUAGCGGUGUACAAAAUGAUGAAGAUGUUAAAAUCAUCGGAGAUUUGAUUUUUGAGUCAAAAAUUAAAGUUCCAGAAAAUGUAUCCGUUUUCAACUUAAUAAACGAAAUAAAUUUAUAUACCAUUCUUUAUAAUCUACAAGAACAGAUACAUCAAAUCUAUCGCGUAUUCGUACUGAAUGAAAUUAAAAUAAAGGAGAGCAUUAUUCAAUCUUUCUUAAUUUCUAAAACUCUUACGAAUAUUUUUUCAUAUUUAGAAAUAGAACAAAAGUUAAAAAUUCAAACACCUAAUAUUAAGAAGAUUGAUGUUGCUUAUUAUGAACAGAUUACAAAACUGAAUAUGUUUGGAGAAGAAACAGGACAUCUUUGUGGACUUUCAAAUAAUUGUUCUUGUCCAAUUGAAUAUAUAGCUGAACUUACCAAAAAAAGUUGUCAAAUUCGAAAAAUGAAUAAUAACAAAAUAAUAAGAAAUUAUCAAUAUUUUCAUAAUACAUACGGUAUAAACAUAGAAUCAAAUGCAAUAUCAUAUAGUCGUGAAUGUACAUUAAAUAAUACAGAAAACGAAUUCAUUACAAUUUCAUGGAUUAAACCUAAUAUAAUUGAUACUGAAGAUAUAUUAACUAAUGUAAAGGAAACAUUUUUAAAAAUUCGAGGUUUCAUAAAAGAUGCAAAAUUUUUCACACAUAAUAAUGCUACUUUCCUUGCACUAGCAGUAUAUUUUGAUACGAUACAUACAACACAUCAAACAAAUUCUCUAAUUUACAAGAUUGAUUUUAAGAACAAUACAUUAUUCUUAUAUCAAAACAUAUCCACUGAUGGAGCUUGGACUAUUGAAAUUUUUAAAAGGAAUCACGAUGUAUAUCUUCUAUUUGGUUGUUUUGGAAACUCCGAAAAAUCAUCUUUAUAUAAAUUAGAUGCUUAUACUUCCAAAUUUAUAAUAAUCAGAACUUUUGAAGGUAAAACGCGCAAUGUAAAAAGUUUAAUUCAAGAACAAGAUUGUUUUGUUUUCUUAGAUGAUUUUGAGACAAAUGCAAUAAAUAUAUUUUAUUACAAUUCAGAAUUCGAUAAUUUUUACAAUUAUCAAACUCUUUUCUAUAAUUCACAAGUUUAUGGAAUAGAAUGUUUUUACAUGAACGAAUUUAGUCAAACCAAUUCCUUUAUCAUUGUCACAACAGAAAAUGAUAAAUUUUAUAUUUAUGAAUAUAUGCAUGCACAAAAAUUCCAAUUGAAGAUACAUCACCGCACAAAUGAUUUACAAAUAAUGGUACCUUUCUAUCAUUUAGAAAAUUAUUAUAUCUUUAUGGGUACAAGCACAAAUAGUACUAUACUACGAAUCAUAAAACAAGGACCCUAAAAAAAUUUUAUAAGAAUCUUAUUAUACGAGUUUAUUUACUAUUAUAUAUUAUAUAUAAAUUAUAUCUUAUGUAUAAAUUAACAUUAUAGAAUGUAUAGAAUUAAUACAUAUAUAUUAAUAACUAAAAUAUAUGUAAUAUACAUGUAUAUUUACAAUAUAAAUUUCAUGUAUUGAAUAAUUAA